AUGUCGAUUUUAGAUCUUUUUUCUCUGAAGGGUAAGGUUGUCCUUAUUACGGGCGCUACCAAUGGCAUUGGCAAGGCCAUGGCUCAGGCUCUGUACGAGGCGGGAGCGUCUGUGAUUUUUACCCACAGACCAGCAACCGAUCCAGCCUCCACGGUGCAGUUCCUGCGUGAUUCGUAUCCGGGAUCGGAAGGCAAGAUAGGCACUAUCGAGGUCGACCUGGGUGAGGUGAAGAUAGAGAAUCUUGAAGCCGAAAUUGUCAGGCCGGCUUUGGAAUUGUCCCCUACGGGAGAAAUAGAUAUUCUUAUCAACAACGCUGGAAUCACCAACCGGGACACCAUUGUGGACGCUUCUACUGAAGAGUAUCACAAGGUGUUACACGUGAACUUGCACGUGCCCUCGGAACUUUCCAGACUCGUUGCCAGACGAAUGAUCCGUCAGAAAAUCCGGGGAAAGAUUCUAUUCACCGCCAGUCUGACGUCUUUCCGUGCCGCUUCCAAUCUCUCAGCGUACACGACGUCUAAAGGAGCUAUUGUACAGUUUGCAAAAUGCUGCGCAGUUGAAUGGGCCCAGCACGGAAUUAACGUCAACUGCAUUGGCCCAGGAUACGUCCGGACCAAUAUGACGACGUUCCAUACCAGCGACGAGGCCCGAGAGACCCGUAUUUUGAGCAAGAUACCAAGAGGCAGAUGGGGCACUCCAGAAGACUUCAAAGGCCCAGUGGUCUUUCUGUGUUCGGCAGCAAGCGAUUACGUGGACGGAGAGUGUUUAAUGGUGGACGGUGGAUUUUUAGCUCUCAUGUAAACCAAAUUUAUACUAUUUGUACUUCGUUACAAACGCGGGACACGAGUUAUUCAGCACAUGCCUACCAAUCCAUUCUGAGUUGCUUGAAAACUCAGUAAAGCAGCCGGCACAUCGUCCCGGAGCAGUGUUUCUGUCUUUGAAACGGGUGCCCAUCGGAUAAAUAAAAUGGCGGGCUUUGAGGUGCAUUUUGAGAGUGUCUCUUCUCGAAAAACUGCCUGUUGGAUGACAAAUGGUUCCACAGUACUCUGCCCAAGAGGUCUUGAAAUCUCUAUCUUUAUUGGCAGAGUGGUAAGGGCACUUGUAUGGAAGCAUAUCGCGAUGUUUUUUCAUAUGUCUUGUGAGGUACGACUUCAGUUUCAGCGAAACAUGACAAAUGUCACAGGUAUACGAGUCUUGGUCCGACUCGGAUGUAGUAGGCGAACGGUCAAGCGUGGAUUCAGAUCCAUUGGACGACGAUCUUGGAAGCGAAGAUUGCGAAGAAGAAAACACGGGAUCUUCUUGCUUGAUUGUUGGGAGCGGGACGACAGCAUGGCGGGCAGCCAGAGAUUCUUGCGCCAACCUCUGGAAAUGUAAAAAGUGUUCAUGGUCGAGGGUGUACUCGUUUCCGAAGGCAUCCUCCUCGUCGGAAGAGUCGUCUUCUGGGUCGGCGAAAUAGGAAACAGCGUCCGACGAGGACUCGACAGUAGUGGAAGAUUCGAUGCGUUUGCUGCGUUGUUUCAGGACAUCUGUUAGGUCCCAGUUCAUAGGAUUUGGCUCAUUGAAAUCGUACUCGAACUCGUCCACUGCGCACUUCUUGACAGUGCUGUUUUCCAACGACUCGUCCACAGUGAACGAUGGCUCAAAAAGCGUCUCUGUGCUGUUAACGGCACGAACCCAUGGGCUAACAACUUCAAUAAUGCUGCCUAUCGGCCGGAACAGCAUGAGACCGCUGUUGGGAAAAAUCAAGUCUUGCAACAUGUCAAACUAUAAUACUCCAUUUACUAAAACUCGG